ACGUGAAUUGACCAAACGUCAAACAAUCUACGUGAAUUUCCAGUGUGAAAAACUCGAUUUUGAAAAUGGCGAACAGUGGCCCUCAAAGUUAUGAAAGUUUCCAUGUGUUCGAUUGGAUCGAGUGCCUGCGUGAGUCCGGAAGUGUGCCCGCUCCUGCCGAAUGCUUCAAACAGGCCGUUGGUCCACCGAAAAACGAGUUCAAAAUCGGUAUGAAGCUAGAGACACUGGACCCAUGUAAUGGGAUCUCAACCUGCAUCGGUAGUGUUGUGGAAGUUCUCGGAUCUCGACUUCGGCUUCAGUUGGAUGGCAGUGACAACACAACGAUUUCUGGAGGCUUGUCGAUUCGAGAUCCCACGACGUUAUUAGUUGCUUUUCAUUUUUUAUUUAAAAUUCCAUGCUGAUUUUCUAAAAUAAAUGUUUUGUUUUGCAUGUCAUUUUGCAUUCUUUAGAUUUAUAUAAAAAUCUGAAAUUUCCCUUUUUUCUUCAACCAAUAUAUGAAAUAGUGUUUCUUUUAUAUCUAAAUUUGAU